AUGAGCUUGCCUGAUUGGUUAGAGCCCUACUUCAAUAAUACUGUCACUUGGGUACAACAAACUCUACGGGAAACUGAUUGGGAUUAUAUGGAGGUAAUCUUGGUGCUCUUAGACGACCUCUUUUCAGUACCUCUUCUGGGUUUUCCUCCCAGUCUUCAUUGUAUUUAUCCUCCCUGUCCUCUUGUUGUUGUUUAUCUACGGGUGUGCAAUCUUUCUUCACAUUUAUGGUUGGCGUCAUCGUAUCAUCGAGGCAUAUGCCUCCAGCUAUUGGGAUGGGGCACGAACAUCAAUUGCAUCGUUUUGGGAUGGUGUUGGGUGGAUUUGGCACGGUAUGUGGAACUUACUAGCACUUUAUUACCUCUGUAGGGUACGAAGUGAGGGGAAUGGAGAAUAUUCCAGAGGAUGGACCAGUUCUGUUUGUGGCAUAUCACGGGACAUUACCACUUGACAUAUAUUAUUUGAUAGCUCGUGUUCACUUAGAAAAAAAGCGUCAACUUCACGUCGUUGCCGACAAAUUUGUUUUUAAAAUACCCGGUGAGUUAAAUUAUUAAAUAUUAUAAUUAAUUUUCCUAGGAUGGGGACGAAUUUGUAAAGUUUUCUCUGUCACUCCUGGUACGGUAGAGGAUUGUGUGGCGUGUCUGAAAGAAGGUAAUCUUCAAAUUAUCGCACCUGGUGGGGUGCGAGAAGCUCUUUUCUCCAACCCAGUUACUUACAAGGUUAUGUGGGCCAAGCGAUUGGGAUUUGCGAAAGUUGUUCAGGGAGCCAAAGUUGUAAGGUUGUGGAAGUAGCCCGUUGUCUUGCUAAAAAUCUGGUUUCGAAAUUUGUAAAUUUCAGCCAGUCAUCCCAGUGUUCACCGAGAACUGUCGAGACGCGUUUAGAACCCCACGUUGGGGAAGAACACUGUUCCGAGGUCUCUAUGAGAAAAGCCGCAUGCCAUUGUGUCCAAUCUACGGAGGAUUUCCAGUCAAAAUGAUAACUCAUCUUGGAAAGCCAUUGCAUUUUGAUGAUACAUACACCCCCGAAGACAUAAAAAUGGUGGUUAAAGAGAAGGUGAAGGAACAAAGAAUUGCUCAUCUAAAUUUUUAGGUUGAAAACUUGAUCCAGACGUAUCAACGAAUCCCUGGAAGCGUGAUUGCAGCAAUCUGGCAAAGGUUCCAGACUAAAAAACACCGCAAGGCGUCAAAGUCCGGAAACCCGGGUAUUAGAUUGGCGUCAGAAGACGAUGAGACCAUGCCACUGACCGACCACGGCUCAUCCAAUCCACCGACUUCGAGACAAGAAGAGCCUGAAACUUCUCGACUAGACGACUUCCUAAAGUGGGUUUUUCAUUUGACAAGGAAUUUUAUGGGGGCUCCUACUUUUAGACAGGCCAUGUCUCAAAAAAUCCGAAAAAUUGUGCUGAUCAGGGAUACGUAAAAAGUUGCUGCUCAAUUUUCCGUUUCUGGAGAAAAUGUGCCAAAAUCUGAACUCAAGACACAUUAUUUUAAGCAAAAUUUGCAAACCUGUAAAAAAUUGUGCGUAUUGGGUUUAUAUAGGUUUAAGUCAAUUUGCGAUUGAGUCUUCACCCCCUAAAACCCGCAAUUGGCAGCUUAUUUUCACAUAUUCAUAAUCAGCAUGAUUUUACGUAUUUUUUGAUAUACGUCCCGUCUAAAAGUAGGAGCCCCAUAAAAGUACUUUCCUCGUAAAAAAUGCGAUUUUUUAGCUCCGGAACAAGUAAAUCUGACGAAGAUGAAUCAGCCAGAUUCCCCAUUGAGGAAAAAGAAGAUGCCGAUCUCUCCGAGUUUUCGUAG